AUGGAAAACACAGUUUUAGAGUUGUUGCACUACAACAAGAGCUCAAUCACUGUACAUUUAUCUGAAACAUAUGCUGAAUAUACUCAUAUACAGUCAUGUUUCCUGUUGGAUAAGAAUAUUUUUGCUUACAGUUUCUUCCUUUUGUUUUUACUAGAAUUUGUCACAGUUUUGGGUAAGAAACAGGUCAAGGCUGGAGAAGAUGUCACUUUUCGCUGUGAGGCAGACACAGAAGACUUACCUGUGACAUGGGAGAAGAAAGGCCAGAGACUGUGUUGUGUGGAGGGCAAACACAAAACAGGAAAAAAUGGCACAAAUAUUUCCUUGGAAAUCAAGAACGUCGAUCUUGGAGAUGAAGGAAACUACACUGUAACCAUAAAGAAUUCAUCAGGAAGUGCCUCAUGCUCUGCCAUGCUCAUUGUUGAAAUCCCAGAAUGGAGGACUGUCCAAUGGAAACAAGAAACAAUGGUCAGCACGCUGAAGUCCUUUAAAAUUAGUGCAGAGAAUGUCAGAGAGCUCCGCUUCCUUCUGCAUGGACCAGUUGGGGCAGGAAAAUCCAGCAUCAUAAACACCAUUAAAAGCAUAUUUGAAGGACAUCAGUACAUCAACUGUCUGACUGCUUCAGAUUUAACAGGCGAGAGUUUUACAACAAAGUACGAGAAGUACAAUGUCGGGAACGUCCCUUUCACCUUCCAUGAUGUGAUGGGUCUGGAAAAAGAGCAGUCCAAAGGGGUGCACACUAAUGACAUCAUCAAUGCUUUAAAAGGCCACAUAUCCAAGGACUAUACAUUUAAACCACUUGACCCAAUAAAUGAAGACAACAGGUACUACAUCCUCAACCCCACUCUGAAUGAUCAGAUUCACUGUCUAGUGAGUGUGAUUCCAGCAGACAAAAUUUCCAUGAUGGAUGAUGAAGUCAUCCAGAAAAUGAAGGAGAUCAGAGCAGCAGCGAGUAAAUUAGGAAUUCCUCAAGUAGUUUUCAUUACAAGAGUGGACAAGGUGUGUGAGAUGACCGAAAAAGACAUAACUAAGCUCUACCAAAGCAGGAAGAUCAAAGAGAAGAUGAUGGAGUGCAGUAACAGAUUGGGCGUUACAAUGAACUGCAUCUUCCCUGUGAAGAACUACAGCGAGGAGACCAAGGCCAAUGAGAAGCUGAACUGCCUGAUGCUGGAAGCUCUUACUCAGAUCGUUCAUUCAGCUAAUGACUUUGUGAAGAAGAAUUCAAACCAGCUGAAAAAAGAAUAAGAUUUAUUCAUACAAAGCAUGUAGUAUAAACUGUACGUAUUCUGUCAUGAAUUCUGCCCUU